AUGACUCUUCCUUAUGAAAUCCGCCUUAUGAUAUAUGAGAAGGUGUUCUAUUGCCCCAACAACUACGAAGUCCGCCGACGACCCAUCAACCCAUGCUGCAAUGCCCAAGGCCAGUGCACCGCGAUUGACGAAACGCCUGAUUGGUACUCUCCAUAUCUAGAAUUCUGUGGCCAUCUGGAAUGCGGCGAGAUAGCAAUGACUAUUGAUUUGAUUGGGAAAGACAUGUAUGUUGGAUACAAUCCGCGCAUCGCAGCGGAUUGCUUUCCCUGUCCUCAGCAUCUGCUUCGGAAACAGCUCGAUCUGCGACUGCUGCAGACAUGCAGACAAAUCUACGAAGAGGCGCGGGCCGUCCCUUUCACACACACGCGAUUUGCGACGCACCAGGUGGCCACCUUGUCCAACUUCUUGUUCUGCUUGAAGAGUUGGCAGAUACACUCUCUCAGGCAUCUCGAGCUGACGAUCCCGGCAGACGUAAGCGAUUACCACAUCGAGUGGAACGAAACCCUUGCGACCGUUGCUGCUGCAUGUACGGGGCUACGGUCGCUUAUCAUCUCAAUCCACACAUUUGACCACAAGUGGCCGAAUCUCUGCUCUGAUACCUUCUGGGACGGAGGUCUGCUGGAGCUCGAUCGACUAGAGUUGCAGAAGCUGGAUUUCAAGGUCGUGGACCAACAGUCUUUUCCGGGUCCCACCUUCAGGUUCACGGCUGGAAUUAAUGCAUCUGCCUCAAUUGAGCACAGUCUGCAUCAGGCGCGCGAUCGACUGCGCGAGCGGUACCCUAACUCGUAUACAGAGGGGCUAAAACGCCAGCUGGACUUGAAAGGGUCGACAAAUAUGUGUCCGCUCUAUCUGCGGAAUCUAAUCCACCUACUCCCUCAACGCUCAUAUACACAUGCAGAGUUACAGCAGAAACUAUUCCUUGGAUCAGGGUUGCGCUAUCUGUACCCGAAUGUGGACAAUGCGGCGUCGAAGAAUCGUAGUAGAUGUAUGAAAGAUUCGAUCAAACGGAACAUUCGGUCCUUGCGCCAUCGAUUUCGGACAAUACGCUCGCGUCUCCGGGGAGCACCGAGUGACGAGAAGGAUGGCCCAUCAUCAACCACAGAGAAAAUAUCCCCUGAACCUGUGGAGCCGAGCUCCAAUGUGGAAAGACCAGGGGAUUGGCUCCGCCGAUUAAUACUGGAGUCAUACGCCCCUUUUAUCGAAACCUUUCCUCUGACCAUACCAUCAGGGGCCCUUGAGCGCCCUCCAGUAACUGAGUGA